AUGACGCUCGUGGACAGCGGCUCGGACGAGCUGCAGACCAUCUGGUCGCUCGUCGCCGAGCUCUCCUCACAGCUCUCUGCCAACAAAGAGCUCUGCGUGUCGCUGCAGCAGCAAGCCGAUCAGCUUAAGGGGCAGAUUCAUCACAACAACACCGGCUUCACCUUGCGCAGAUUCAAUGUCGACAUCAGCAAGGAGAAUUUCGAGAGCGAGCUCGAAAAGAUCAACGUUGCUCUCGUUCGGGAAAACACUGCGUUGCAGCAUGAAAAUAAGCAGCUGAACCAGCUCCUGCGAGAACAUGAGCAAACGCUUGAGUCAGUCAUGGUCAAGUUCCGCAACUUUUCACACUCAACACAGCAUCACAUUCUCGAGCUGACGCAGCACUACGAAGGAUUGUUGUCUACGCAAUCGUACAAUCAGGCAUCUUCGUCGCUGCGCGCUACGACAGCGUCCUCUUCUACACUCACUCACUUGGGUGAUCUAGUACGGCGAGCGCUUCGUGUCAUUGACGGUGAAGUCGACGACAUGGAG